AUGCAAACAAACGGUAACUUCACCGAUUUAAUACUCUCCACAGGUGAAGAAAAUUGUUCACUAAUAAUUCAUGUUUUUUUCUCUUUCCAGGUAAGUUCAACCAGCGCUGCCCUUGGCUUGGAUUAUGGAAAUGCUGCUGUAAGUGAUGACGUGCUAACGCUAGCUUUGAAUCAGAAUCAACAACUUUUCCGCUCACAGAAUCCUGGACUUGCUGCCACAAAUGCCGCGGCCGCCGCUGCUGCUGCGGCAGCUGCCACAUCGGCUGCGCCACCUGGCGCACCGAACGGCACAAUGCAACCGCAGCAGAUGGCGCAAAUGGCCGCUUCACAGCAGUUUUUGGCCGCACAACAGAAUGCCGCCUAUGCUGCGCAACAAGCAGCUCCCUACGUCAUCAAUCCAGGGCAAGAUGCCGCACCCUAUAUGGGCUUGAUAACAGCACAAAUGCCACAGUAUUACGGUGUACAGUGGGGCAUGUACCCCAGCAAUCUCAUACCACAACAGGGCACACAGCCGCGACGGCCGUUGACGCCAUCGCAACAGGGCGCUGAGAAUCAGUCCUAUCAGGUUAUACCGGCAUUUUUCGAUCAGAGUGGUUCGCUGGUGAUGGGACCACGUACAGGCACACCGAUGCGCCUCGUUAGCCCAGCACCGGUGCUGGUGCCACCAGGAGCGACACGCGCCGGCCCACCGCCGCCGCAAGGCCCACCACAACUAUAUCCGCCUCAACCGCAGACGGCACAACAGAACUUGUACUCACAACAGAAUGGUUCGAGUGUUGGAGGACUCGCCUUGAACACCAACUCGCUGAGCGGUCGCCGCGAUUCGUUUGAUCGCAAUACAUCCGCCUUCAGUCCAUCGGCAGUUGAUUACAACAACAGCAGCAGCACCAGCACACUACAAGCCGCUGCAGCUGCAGCCGCCGCUGCCGCCGCCGCACGCGGCAAAUGGCCCGCCGCUGUGACCAACAGUUAUGGUGCAUUGGGCGCCACCGCCUCGGCUAGUCCGAUUGGCACGGCCAUUACACCACCACCGCCGCAAUCAUGCCUUGUUACAAAUCGUGCACCUGGCGCCGAAAGCAAAUAUCGCCAGCAAAUGGCAGUUGGUGCUGUUGGCCUACCACCAUCCGCCGUUGCACAACAAGUCGCCGCUGCGGCUGGCAGUAUGUUUAGUUCAAGUAGUUCACUCUUCUCAAAACUGGCUAUGCCGGGUGGUGCUGCUGCUGCCGCAGCUGCAGCCGCCGCCGCUGCUUCCACACGUCAUGCAGCUGCUACUGCCGCUGGCCUAAGUGCAUCUGCAGCUGCUGCUGCUGCAGCCGCCGCCGCUGCUUCCACACGUCAUGCAGCUGCUACUGCCGCUGGCCUAAGUGCAUCUGCAGCUGCUGCUGCUGCAGCCGCCGCCGCUGCUGCCGCAGUAGCUGGUCCACUACAACCCGGACGUUCACGUCUCCUUGAAGACUUCCGUAAUCAACGCUAUCCAAAUUUGCAGUUACGUGAUUUGGCUAAUCACAUUGUCGAGUUCUCACAGGAUCAGCAUGGUUCACGCUUUAUACAACAGAAAUUGGAACGCGCCACCGCUGCAGAGAAACAGUUGGUCUUCAGCGAGAUCUUAGGUUCGGCUUUUAGCUUGAUGACCGACGUUUUUGGUAACUACGUCAUACAGAAGUUCUUCGAGUUUGGCACACCGGAGCAGAAAAACACUUUGGGUAUGCAGGUGAAGGGGCAUGUGUUGCAACUAGCUUUGCAAAUGUAUGGUUGUCGUGUUAUACAAAAGGCGCUGGAGAGCAUCUCCGCCGAGCAGCAGCAAGAGAUUGUGCGCGAAUUGGAUGGCAAUGUUUUGAAAUGUGUCAAGGACCAAAAUGGUAAUCAUGUGGUACAAAAAUGUAUCGAAUGCGUUGAUCCCUCGGCGCUGCAGUUCGUCAUAAAUGCAUUCAAAGGUCAAAUAUACACACUAAGCACACAUCCAUAUGGCUGUCGUGUCAUACAACGCAUACUGGAGCAUUGUACUGCCGAGCAGACGCAGCCAAUACUCGAUGAAUUGCAUGAGCACACCGAGCAGCUGAUACAGGAUCAAUAUGGCAACUAUGUUAUACAACAUGUGCUGGAACACGGCAAACCCGAGGACAAAUCAAUACUGAUCGCCAGCGUGCGUGGAAAGGUUUUGGUAUUGUCGCAGCAUAAAUUCGCCUCAAAUGUUGUGGAGAAGUGUGUCACGCAUGCCACACGCGGUGAGCGCACCGGACUUAUCGAUGAAGUGUGCACAUUCAAUGACAAUGCUUUGCACGUCAUGAUGAAGGAUCAGUAUGCCAACUAUGUGGUACAGAAAAUGAUCGAUGUCUCGGAGCCGACCCAACUGAAGAAACUUAUGAAUAAGAUACGCCCACAUAUGGCCGCAUUACGCAAGUACACCUAUGGCAAGCAUAUUAAUGCCAAGCUGGAAAAGUAUUUCAUGAAGACAGCCAAUCCGAUAACAACAACAGCCGCAAGCUCGUCGAUCGUCGCCACCAGCAUCGCACCCUUAACAACAUCGGCUUGCAGCACAGCAUCUGGCCUAACCAUUACCACGCCCACAAGCAGCGUGACUACCGGCCUCACAGUCGGCACACCCAUAAUGAUACAAGAGAAUGGCAUUAAUGUCACACCGGUGGGCCAGACAUCGCCAGCAGCAUCAUCAUGCACCGUCUCGACCAACAGCAGCAGCGCUACCUCUGUGGUGACUGCCGUCAAUAGCGGCCUGGGACCCAUUGGUCCACCCACCGCAAACGGUGUGGCAUUGUAAAGCGCGCUUUGUAUAUUAAAUAAAGCAAUGAAAUGAAUGCUUGCUGUACAAGUGUGGCGGAAUUUCAAUAGAAAUAUGUUGGAGCGUCAUGCAGAAGGCACACAGUUUUAUUAGUUUAUAGCAAUAAGUAGCAGCAUUAUAGAGCAUAAAGCAGAAAUUGAUUAUAAUUUGAAUGUGUAACUUAGUUUUAAGAUAUGCUGUGUUUUUCGCGAUUUUAUUUAGAUUUUAAAUUUUCCAAAAACCACACACACACACACACUUUAGAGUGCAACAAAGUAGAAGAAAAAUGCAAAAAAGUAUAUCGUGUUGAAAAAUAACAGUUUAAACGGUCGGUAAAUGCAAAGAAACCAGUAAGAUUAAACACAAGAAUCUCGUUGAGUAAAAAAGAGUAAAAAAAAGGAGCAUUGCGUUAGCUAUGCAGCUCGUAUUUUUAUAAUAUAUUGAAAGCUAAAAACGUUUCGUAAGCGUGAAAAGUGGAAAUAAGGCCAAA